AUGUCUCCCUCCUCCAAACCACGAGCCCGCAAGUCCAAGAACCCCGCCGACGAGAUUCCGUUGAAACGACCCGAAGAGGCGGGGCUGAAUAUACCUGAGGACGAGCAGUGGAGACUCAUCAACGAGUCCGGUGUGCUCAAGAACGCAGGGAAAUACAGGGUGCCGCGUCCCGGCGAUGAGAACGCCGAGCCUGAUUCGCUAGGAGAAGAGAUAUUCAAUGCUUUACUUCUGGUCACGCCAUGCUCUUUCCUGCUACUGAUGAUGCAAAUACUAAUCUACAACCAGUACGGCCAAGACGUGAAUUACAAACGGCUCACAGAUAAGAUGAUUUCCGGAGUACCGAUCCUGUCCAUAUUCAUCUUCUACACGUCGCGCUACAAGCGAGACUAUCGACUACAGCGGAUUCUGUUUCUGAUGGCGACUGCUGUCGGAAGUCGGACAGUGUUCCUCGCCAAGCAAGCCAGUUAUUUGAAGAAUAUCGAACAGACACCACCGCUGAUCACGCUCUGGGUGUAUUUGAUCGUCCAACUCGACCUGGGUCUGGCUGUCCUCAGUCUGGUGGGCGUCGGGGCAUUCGUGUGGUGGAAAGAUCUCAAUUUGUUCCAUUAA